AUGGCGUCUAAAUCCAAUGAACAAAUAGUGAUGCUCCCUUUUAUGGCUCAUGGCCAUCUCAUCCCUUUUCUUGCUCUAGCAAGACAAAUCCAUCAAGCAACUGGUUUCACCAUAUCCAUUGCAAGCACCGCUCUCAACAUCCAAUACCUUACUUCUACCUUCAACUCCUCAUCCGAUGAGCCAAACAAUGACCAUAUCCACCUCGUUGAGCUACCUUUUUGUAGUAAUGAUCAUGGCUUGCCUCCAAACACUGAAAACUCUGAGAACUUGUCGUUGGAUCUGGUUGGCAAACUUUUCUCUGCAUCACUAAGUCUUAGGACUCCAUUUCACAGCUUUGUAGGUGAUAUUGCAGCUAAACAAGGUCACCCUCCACUUUGUAUAAUAUCAGACAUUUUCUUUGGAUGGGCAGGUGAAGUUGCCGACAGUUUGGGGACUGUCAAUGUUUCUUUCUCUACAGGUGGUGCUUAUGGAACCUUGGCUUAUUCAUCUCUUUGGCUCAAUCUUCCUCAUCGAGGUAGAGGUGAUUCUGAUGAGUUUCAUUUGCCGGGAUUUCCAGAUAGGUGUCGCUUUCACAUCACUCAGUUGCAUCAUUUCUUAAGAAAUGCUGAUGGCACUGAUUCUUGGUCUAAGUUUUUUCAGCCCCAGAUUUCACUUUCAAUGCAAUCUUUUGGAUGGUUGUGCAAUACAGUUGAGGAAUUUGAGCCUGAAGGACUGGAAUGGUUGAGGAAGUUUGUCAAGCUUCCUGUCUGGGCUAUUGGGCCUCUUCUGCCACCAGUUGUACUCAAGAAUGAUUCUUCUUCAUUGGUAAUUUCAUCAGGUAUAAGCACAAGACGCGCUGGUAAAAGACCUGAAAUUUCUACAGAAAAAUGUAUGGAAUGGCUUGAAUCAUACAGUCCAGGUUCGGUGCUCUAUGUUUCUUUUGGUUCCCAAAACAGCAUAAGUCCAUCCCAGAUGAUGGAAUUAGCUAUUGGUUUGGAAGAGAGCGCGAAGCCUUUCAUUUGGGUCGUUAGACCUCCUGUUGGUUUUGACAAAAAAUGUGACUUCAGAGCAGAAUGGUUGCCUGAUGGAUUUGAAGAAAGAAUGAAGAAUAGAAAGCAGGGGUUGUUGGUGAGAAACUGGGCACCCCAAUUGGAGAUUUUAUCACACAUGUCCACUGGAGCAUUCCUAAGCCACUGUGGGUGGAAUUCAGUGCUGGAGAGCUUGAGUCAAGGUAUGCCAAUUAUAGGAUGGCCAUUGGCAGCUGAACAGGCCUAUAACUCUAAAAUGCUGGUGGAGGAGAUGGGUGUAGGUGUGGAGUUGACAAGAGGAGUGCAGAGUAGCAUAGAUUGGAAGGAGGUGAAGAAAGUGAUAGAGUUGGUUAUGGACAAGAAAGGGAAAGGAGGUGAUAUGAGGAACAAAGCAAUGGUGAUUAAAGAGCAGUUAAGGGCAUCAGUGAGAGAUGAAGGAGAAGACAAAGGGUCUUCUGUCAAAGCACUGGAUCAUCUUAUGAGGACCCUUGAAUCAAAAAGACAGGUGAUUAGUAGUACUAGUACCAUUUAA